AUGAUAAAACGAUCCAGUAACUGCUCUAUUUGCGAGAACACGAAUCGUGCUUCUAUCUGUAGUGUUUGCGUUAAUUAUAGAUUGAAUGAGUAUACUACUUUGUUGAAGUCACUUAAGACUCGAAGAGAUUCUUUGUAUUCAAGGCUUGGUGAGUUAUUGGAAGCUAAGGUUAUAGCUGAUGAUCAGAAGAAAUGGAGAUUGCUUCAUAACGAUAAGCUUUCAAGCUUGAAAAUUAGUCUUGUGCGUAACAAAGAACAAGUAACUCAAGGGAAGGCUAAGAUUGAAAGAGAAUCUCGUGAUCUCAAAGCUAGAUAUGGAGUUCUUGAUUCAGCUCGAUCCACGUUGGAAAAAAUUAGAGUUGAACAAGUGGACAAGUAUUUUCCAAAUCUAAUAUGUACUCAGAGCCUUGGCCAUAUGGCUAUCUCAUCUGAGCGUCUUCAUAAGCAGUCAGUGGUUGUGAAGCAAAUAUGCAAACUGUUCCCUCUACGCCGAGUUAGUUUUGACGGGGAGAGUCAGAAUGGUUCAGUUGGUCAGUGUAAUCUUAUUUGCAAUUCACGGCUCCCAAAGGGUCUGGACCCUCAUUCCAUCCCAUCAGAAGAGCUCGCUGCCUCUUUGGGGUACAUGGUCCAGCUUCUGAACCUUGUUGUUCACAACUUAGCCGCUCCUGCACUCUAUAACUCAGGAUUUGCGGGCUCUUGCUCCCGUAUAUGGCAACGAGAUUCCUAUUGGGACGCACGUCCUUCUACUCGAAGCAACGAGUAUCCUCUCUUCAUACCCCGUCAAAAUUAUUGUGCAACCAGCGUUGAAAACUCAUGGACAGAUAAAAACUCCAGCAAUUUUGGUGUUGCUUCCAUUGAAUCCGACAGAAAAGAAGCACACCUUGACUCGAAAGGAAGCAACAGCUUUAAUUACUCCUCUGCUUCUCCUCAUUCGGUUGAGUCACACAGAGAUCUGCAGAAAGGGAUAGCUCUUCUCAAGAAAAGUGUUGCGUGCUUGACAGUGUAUUGUUACAACUCACUUUGCCUCGAAGUUCCUCCCGAGACCUCAACCUUCGAAGCAUUUGCCAAGUUAUUGGCCACACUUUCGUCAUCGAAGGAAGUCCGGUCUGUUUUCUCCCUGAAGAUGGCUUCUUCAAGAUCAUGCAAACAGGCUCAACAACUCAACAAAUCCAUAUGGAACGCUCAUUCUGUCAUCUCAAGCUCCUUACUUGAAAGUGCUCAUCUUCCGAGGAACGCAAGUUAUAACCAGGAUCCGAACUCAGGAGCCAGUUAUCUCUCUGCAACUGAAUUAUCAGAGACCCGAAAGAACAACGAUAUGAACGGAUGGGACUUGGUGGAGCAUCCCAAGUACCCGCCACCACCAUCACAGUCCGAGGAUGUUGAGCAUUGGACACGCGCUAUGUUUAUUGAUGCCAAGAAAAGAUGA